AUGUUGAGACUCCCCAGAUUAGCAAGCUCUUUGGAAAUUAACGGUGUUAAUGGCGUUAAAACGACUGCAGUCAAAAGUGUGCAAACCAAUAUUAAGUCACGCUUCAGUGGUUAUGAAGCAACACUUGAGUUUCAUGUUUUACCAAAAAUUACUAGUAAAAAACCUAAUCAAUUUGUUGAUAUUUCUAGAUGGAAUAUACCGAGUAAUAUCGCAAUGGCUGAUGAACGCUUCAAUAUUCCAACGCGAGUUGAUUUAUUACUGGGUGCAGAGGUUUUUCUAGAGUUGCAGUCUGUAGGCCAAAUCAAGAUGGAAGCUGGUUUACCUCGAUUACAAAAGACGGUAUUCGGCUGGGUGGUAUCUGGCGCAACAGGUGGUUGUGAAGAAAGUGAGCCCUUACUUACCCACACUUUGGCAGUAGAUGUGCGGCCCAGUGAGAACCCAGAUGACGAUCUAAGUAGAUUAGUAGAGCGUUUCUGGGAGAUGGAACAAGUACCGUUAAAAGUAGAGCACUUCACUGAAGAUGAACAUCGGUGUGAAAAAAUUUUUCAAGAAAAUGUGUGCCGCGAUAGUAAUGGCAAGUUCAUCGUAAAGAUUCCUUUCAAGGAGAACGUCAUCAAGCUAGGUGAUUCCUUUCGCACAGCUGAACGACGUUUUUUGGCGUUAGAGAAGCGUUUGAGUAAGGAACCUCAUACCAAAAAAGCUUAUGUAGAAUUCAUCGAUGAGUAUAUUAAAAUGGGGCAUAUGGCUAUGGUGGCUGCGUCUGAUGUAGGUAAGCUGAAAUAUUUUUCGCCACACCAGUAUGUGCUACGACCAGAUUCAACGAGUACGAAGCUGCGUGUUGUCUUUGACUGCAGCGCUAAGACAAGCAGCGGCCUAUCUCUUAACGAUGUCAUGAUGAAAGGACCAGUGGCGCAGGACGAUUUGAUAUCAAUUGUACUACGAUUUCGAUGCUAUAAGUUUGCAUUAACUGCCGAUGUGACCAAGAUGUAUCGACAGGCCUGGGUCACCGCAGAAGAUGCUAAUUACCAAGCGAUAUUGUGGCGACCGUCGCCCGAGGAGAAUAUCGCAGCAUAUAAGUUACUCACAAUUACAUACGGUACAACGGCUGCGCCAUUUUUAGCAACUCGUUGCCUGAAAAAGAUAGGCGAAGACAACGCAGCAAAAUUUCCAUUAGGUGCAAAGAAAAUCAUUUCGGAUUUUUAUAUGGACGACUUUAUAAGCGGCGCUGAUACAAAAUAUAUGCAAAUAUAUACGGAAGUAUCGCAACUAAUGAAUUCAGCGUAUUUUCCGCUACGCAACUGGCACUCAAAUAAUGUGAGUUUUCUGAAACAAGUGCCAAAAGCCGAUCAGGAAAAGCCUAUCAGAAUUAACGACGCUGAAAUCAUUAAAGCGCUUGGCCUUGUGUGGGAGCCAACGUCCGAUCAUUUUAGGUAUGUGUGGCCAGACUUGCCGCAACCGAAAUCUAUCACCAAACGAGUUGUGUUAGCAGAGAUGUCCACAUUAUUUGAUCCACUGGGACUGGUAAACCCAGUCAUCGUAAAAGCAAAGAUUUUUAUGCAAGAGCUGUGGAUAAAAAAGGUGGCUUGGGACGAGUCGUUACAGAUGGCUCUGCACAAUUAUUGGGUUGAGUUUCGAAGCAGACUUAAUGACGUGCGAAAUAUUAAAGUGCCACGUUAUAUAUUGAGCGCGAAUAAAUAUGCACGCCUAGAGGUUCAUGGAUUCGCUGACGCAUCUGAGCGAGCAUACGGUUGCUGCGUAUAUGUUAGAUGUGUCGAUAAUUUCGAUAACGUAAACGUGCAGUUAUGGACUGCCAAAUCGCGUAUUGCUCCGUUAAAGACUAAAUCACUGCCGCGGUUAGAGCUUAUGGCCGCUCACUUGUUGUCGUUGUUGAUGGUGAAGACAGUGGAGAAUUUGCCGAUGAUGUCGGAAGCGAUUUAUUUGUGGAGUGAUUCGGAGAUAGUCUUAGAGUGGUUAAGUGCUCAUCCAUCGACGUGGACCACUUUCGUAGCCAACAGAGUGUCGUCCAUUCAAGAAGUAACUAAGCAAGCGAUUUGGCGUCAUGUUUCUUCGGGGCAGAAUCCAGCGGGUAUUGUGUCGAGAGGUGCGUAUGCUGAUGAAUUAUCGAACUCAAUUUGGUUCACAGGCCCACCGUUCCUUAUGAAGCCAUGCGCGGAAUGGCCUGCGAACAAAAGACAUGGCAAAGAUGUACAGGUUAACGAAGAGAGGCGAAAAAGUGCUACCUUGCUGGUAGCCGAAAUAAAUUCAAACCACUUCUUGCAUUGGUUAGAAGGACGAAACGACUUCAGGCAAACGCAAAGAAUCGUCGCUUAUUGUCUUUAUGUGGGACGUCGCAUAAAAGGGGAGCAGGGUAAUCUUCCUCUACUGACGGCUGAAGUAUUAGAUGAAGCAAUGAUUCGCAUCGCAUACUGUUUACAACAGCAUUUCUUCGCCGCAGAAUACCGCGAACUGAAAAAGAACAGGGAGAUACCUGCUUCAAGUAAAGUGAGAAGCCUCAGCGUAUUCAUUGAAGCCUCUUGUGGGGUGGAAGUUCUGCGAGUUGGGGGUCGAUUACGAAACUCCGAUUUACCUUAUGAUGUUAAAUAUCCAAUAUUGCUACCUGGCGUUAGCAGCUUCGUACGCAGCUUUGUACGUUUUGUGCACAUCGAAAAUAAGCAUGUUGGAACUGAAGCACUGAUGGCAAUAAUUCGACAGCGCUUCUGGAUAGUGCAUGCGAGAAAGGUUGUACGAUCCGUGACGACGCGGUGUGUGCAUUGCUUUCGAUGUCGACCAGUUCUUGCGCAGCAGGUUAUGGGUGACCUGCCGACCGAGCGGGUAGUUGUCGCAAAACCCUUUACAACGGUAGGUGUUGAUUUUUGUGGCCCAAUUGCAACGACAUACAAGCAAAGAGGAAUGCGUGUUACGAAGAGUUACAUUGCGGUGUUUAUUUGCUUCGCAACAAAGGCGGUACAUAUGGAGGUGGUUUCAGACCUAACCUCGAAGGCGUUCAUCGCGGCACUGAAACGGUUUGUGGCGCGCCGUGGCUUAUGCACAAAGCUGUUUUGUGAUAAUGGCACAAAUUUUGUUGGUGCUCGGCGUGAGCUUAUGGAUCUAUGCAAGGCAUUCAAUGAUCAACAAACUCAAGGUGAAAUUACUAAGUAUUGCUGUUCCAACAAAAUUACCUUUCAUCACAUACCUCCCCGUUCACCUCACUUUGGAGGCUUAUGGGAGGCAGCGGUCAAAUCAGCAAAAUAUCAUUUAACUCGCAUUCUAGGGCAAACGUAUUUGACUUUUGAGGAGCUUAGCACGGUGGUGGCAGAAAUUGAGGCGAUUUUGAACUCGCGGCCGUUAACAGCUUUGUCAAAUGACCCAAAUGAUGAAGCAGCGCUGACACCAGCACAUUUCUUAACAGGUGGACCUUUAAUAGGCAUUGCUGAGCCGUCAAUUGAAGAUGAAAACAUUCAGUUCUUAGAUCGCUGGAGACGACUUACCGCCAUCCAACAGCAUUUUUGGAAAAGGUGGUCGCGUGAGUAUUUACUCGAAUUGCAACGAAAAUCUAAGUGGACGGCGAAGAUGCGAAACAUCGAAGAAGGCAGAUUGGUCCUAAUUUCAGAAGAUAAUUUACCACCAAAACAUUGGCUUCUGGGUCGAGUAGUGAAGACGAUAGCCGAUCCAUCUGGAGCAGUAAGAGUGGUUGACGUAAAAACAAAUAAUGGUUGUCUUCGCAGCGCUAUACAUAAGGUAGCGAUAGUUCCGAAAGCUGAUUAA